ACGUCCCAUCUUCCUCCACUUCUGGUGAGCACUAGGGUUGAAGUUCCGAUGGGGCACAAACCCGCGACCGACAUUCCGGCCACUCCUCCGAGCUUCUCCUCCUCCUCCUCCUCCUCCGGUAACUGUUCGCCGGAGAUGGAGUCCAUGAGCAUCCCGCGUCUGAUCGAGUUCCUCCAGUCCUCAUUCCGGAAGGCGGACUUCGAGAAGGCGGAGAGCGCUCUCAUCUCGAGGGAGGCAUCACUGAAGGCCGAGAUCGAGAGGAGUUUCUCGGAGGAGUUGACGAUGAAGGAGGUCGAAAAGAUCGAACUUGAGGCGCGAAUCGAGGGCCUCGAGCGGGAUUUAGGGGUUUUGAGUACCAGGUGCGCUGACCUGGAGCAGCGAAUCAAGAAGGGCGAAGAGGGGUUCGGCGUUGAGAGGGCGGAAUUGGAGCGGAAGUUGAGGGAGGAAAAGGAGAGGUACUCCUUGUUGGAGGCGAGGUUUCAAGAUGCCGAUGGUGGAAAGCUUGGUCCGGGUGGAGAGGAUGAGAAGCAUAGGAGGGCUUGUGCAAGCCUUGAGGAGGAGAUCUCGCGUUUAUGGGAAGCUUGUAGGCUUGCGGGCGAGAGGGAACAGAGGGCUCAGGAAACAAUUGCGACCAUGCUUGCGCUGCAGAAGGAGAAGGGCGGCUUAAACAGCUGUUGGAGAAAAUGUAGAGAGUUGGAGGAUGAGAAUCGAGGCUUGAGAGGAACGGAGAUAAAGAUAGAAGAAGAGAAGGGGAAAACAAAAGCUUGGGUCUUGCCGCAUGUGGAAAAUGCUUCCGACCCAAAAAAGAAUCCAGCUACAGUGGACAAGGAGAACUCUUUACCAGGGGAAGUUAUUGAGAUCAGUGACAGUGACGAUGAAACACUAACUAAAGAUUGUGAGGUGAAGGAACAUUUAGUGGAAAAAGCUGUAGAUGUGAAGAAUGAAUCGGUGGCUGGCCAGAGUCCUAAGGUGAUGCGUUCUGAUAAACGUAGAAAUCUUGUACUGCAGGAAGAUGAUAACAGCCAUAUGGAUGGUGUUCUAUCAGUUCCAACACCUAAAAGGAAGCGUAUUUCUAGAGUAGUCACUAGUGACAGUGAGAACGAUGAUGAUGUUGAUGAUAAUGUUCCCAUCAGCAAACUUAAGUUGAGGCAAGUUGAGGGUGUGGUUGAAGAGAACAAAGAAUCAAGCCACGUCGUGGAGGAUAUGGUCCCCUCAAGGAGGCGUUUGGUUUUAUUACGAGAAGUUUAUAGAUCAGACAGCUCAGUGAAAGGAAAGUCACCUGGCAAUCCAUCGACUCCUAGUGCCAAGAACAGAACUUCAAGAAACAAGGUGACAGAAUGCAGGAAGCUUGGGUACUCGGAUAGUGACGAUGAUGAAGAGGACAAAGUAAAUGGAAGGAAUGAGGUUGAUGACAUUGGUUCAGAGAGUGAUGGUGAAAGUUUGGGUGGAUUCAUUGUAAGCAGUUCGGAUAAUCCUGAAAGUGAACCUAGUUCAGAGAAUUCUUCUUCUAAAGAAGAAGAGGGUAGUGAUUUAGAUCUUGACAAUGUCUUAGCCAAUAUACGCCGUGAAAAGGACACUAAAGUUUGGGAAUUUGAGGCAGAUAUGCUAUCAUCAUUUUCCAAGGAUCCUGAGCUCUGUAUGAAAGCUGUUUGUGCUCUUUAUCGGCAGCAAACAUCUGAUGAGCAGUCUGCGAAGGAAACACUGCUUACCAACAGGCGGGGAUUCAGCAAGAUUGAUGCUCAAAGGGGGUCUAGAGUGGCCGAGUUUCUUACAGAUGGUGAUCCCUUUGGCCCGCUAAAGAAAUCUGUCAAGGACUUGGAGAAUUAUGAUCGAAAAGCGAUUGAUUACUGUCACAAGCUCGCUAAUCGAUACUCCAAGCAGUUGUUCACAAUAUACCAGAACAAAGAAGAUCCCUUCUUUCAUCCAUCGUAAAACCCAUGUUGUUGAUCAUUACAAGAUAGCAAUCUAAAUGUUAGUGUUUUGUCCCUGCGCUCAUUGAUGGAAGCCUCUUUGCGGAAAAGCUUGUUUGUGGUAAAUAGGGUUUUCUUUUGUUGCUAUAUGCUGUUUCUCCUAAAGUACCAGAAUGGUUAGCAUGAUGUACAGCAGCUACAUAGAAGGUUAUGCCUGUGAUGUAACUGGUUGUCUACAGUAAGUGAUAUUAGUCCUAUGACAGUGGUAUCUUUUUCCAAGCAAAUGAUGAUAUCUGAUGUUACUU